AUGGCUCCCGCUGCUCUUCACGACGCUGCGGCCAUCAAGUCCGAGAACUCGAAGGCCCUCAAGGCCCUCGAGGAGCUCAUGGGCAAGUUGACCGUCUCCAAGGAGCAGGACCAGAUCAACGCUGCCGCUCAGUCUAUCGCCACCUUCAUCAACGGCGACAUUGAGGAGGCUGACGCUCCCACCAAGGCCGUCGAACUGCUCACCAAGCAGCUCGCCAGCAAGAAGGAUGCCGUUGCCCGUGAGCGCGCGCUUGACGCCAUCCGUGCCAUUGCGCAGCACUCCCACGUCUCCGCCUCGGUCGAGCCCUACCUUGUCGAGCUCCUCCCCGCCGUCCUCGCCGCUGUCGGCGACAAGAUGAGCGCCGUCAAGGUUGCUGCUCAGACCACCGCUGAGUCGAUUGUCGCUGCCGCCAACCCCAACGCCGUCAAGGCCAUCAUCCCACACAUCAUCAAGUCCCUCGAGACCGCACAAAAGUGGCCCGAGAAGAUGGCCGACCUGAAGUGCAUUGAGGUCCUCACCAAGAGCGCCCCUGCACAGAUGGCCUUCCGUGUCCCAGACCUGAUUCCCGUCAUCUCUGGUGCCAUGUGGGACACCAAGCCCGAGGUCAAGAAGGCUGCCUACGCCACCAUGGAGACUCUCUGCUCCUUGAUCUCCAACAAGGAUAUUGAGCGCUUCAUUCCCGAGCUUAUCAAGUGUAUCGCCAAGCCUGAGAACGUCCCCGAGACCGUUCACUUGCUCGGUGCCACCACCUUCGUCACUGAUGUCCACGAGCCCACCCUCGCCAUCAUGGUGCCCCUGCUCGAGCGUGGUCUCGUCGAGCGCGAGACUGCCAUCAAGCGUAAGACUGCUGUCAUUAUCGACAACAUGUGCAAGCUUGUCGAGGACCCCCAGAUUGUCGCUGCUUUCUUGCCCAAGCUGAUGCCUGCGCUCGAGAAGAACCACGACAACUUGGCUGACCCCGAGGCCCGUGAGAAGACUCGCCAGGGUCUCGACACCUUGAUCCGUGUUGGUCACGUUGAGAACGGCAAGAUCCCCGAGCUGUCCAAGGACGGUGACGUUGCCACCAUUGCUGGCAAGCUCAAGGACGUCCUGCCCUCCAAGUACAAGCUCGACGACCGCUUCACCCCCGUCGUCAACUACAUUGGUGCCAUUGGUGGUCAGCUCAUCGACGAGAAGGACUACGAGGGCCUCAACUGGCAGGCCAAUGCCGGUCCCUUCGUCGCCGUCCUUGUUGGCGAUGAGGAGGCCAAGGACAUCACCGAGAACCUCCGCAAGCGCGCUCUGCCCGCUGCCCUGCAGGAGGAGGUCGCUGAGCCUGAUGAGGAGGAGGGCGAGGAUCUGUGCAACUGCACAUUCAACUUGGCCUACGGUGCUAAGAUCCUGCUCAACCAGACACAUCUCCGCCUGAAGCGUGGUCAGCGUUACGGUCUCCUCGGACCCAACGGUUCCGGAAAGACCACCCUCAUGCGCGCUAUCAACAACGAGCAGGUUGAGGGUUUCCCCAAGCAGAACGAAGUCAAGACUGUCUACGUUGAGCACGAUCUUGACUCAGCCGAUACUGAGCAGACCGUCAUUGCCUGGACCUUGAAGAAGCUUGCAGACGUCGGUAUCACCAAGCCCGAAGAGGAGGUCAAGAGCACCCUCAACGAGUUCGGUUUCACCAACGACAUGUACAACGGUCCCAUCACCGCUCUGUCCGGUGGCUGGAAGAUGAAGCUCGCUCUUGCGCGUGCUGUGUUCGAGGAGCCCGACAUUCUGCUUCUUGACGAGCCCACCAACCAUUUGGACGUCAAGAACGUCAAGUGGCUCGAGGACUACCUGACCAACUCCCCUUGCACAUCCAUUGUCAUCUCCCACGACAGCAAGUUCUUGAACAACAUCAUCCAGCACGUCAUCCACUACGAGCGCUUCAAGCUCAAGCGUUACCGCGGUAACCUAGACGAGUUCGUCAAGCGUGUGCCUUCUGCCAAGUCAUACCACGAGCUCAGCGCCUCCGACAUGGAGUUCAAGUUCCCCGAGCCCGGUUUCCUUGAGGGUGUCAAGACCAAGGCUAAGGCCAUUCUCCGUGCUACCAACAUGAGCUUCCAGUACGAGGGUACCUCUAAGCCCCAGAUUGCCGACAUUACCUUCCAGUGCUCGCUCGGCUCUCGUAUCGCUGUCAUUGGACCCAACGGUGCUGGCAAGUCCACCCUUGUCAACGUCCUGACUGGUGAGCUUGUCCCCACCUCUGGUGAGAUUUACCACCACGAGAACAUCCGUAUUGCGUACAUCAAACAGCACGCUUUCGCCCAUAUCGAUCACCACCUCGACUCUACUCCUUCCGAGUACAUCCAGUGGCGUUUCCAGACUGGUGAGGACCGUGAGACCAUGGACCGUGCCAACAAGAUCGUCACCGAGGAGGACGAGAAGGCCAUGGACAAGAUCUACAAGAUCGAGGGUACCCAGCGUCGUGUCAUUGGUAUCAACUCCCGAAGGAAGUUCAAGAACUCCUACGAGUACGAGUGUUCAUUCGCUCUCGGAGACAACGUCGGCAUGAAGAACGAGAAGUGGACUCCCAUGAUGACUGCAGACAACGCCUGGAUUCCUCGUUCCGAGAUCAUGGCAUCCCACGCCAAGAUGGUCGCCGAGGUUGACCAGAAGGAGGCUCUCGCCUCUGGUCAGUUCCGUCCUUUGGUCCGUAAGGAGAUUGAGGCCCACUGCGCGCAGUUCGGUCUCGAUGCCGAGCUUGUCUCCCACUCACGUAUGCGCGGUCUGUCCGGUGGACAGCGUGUCAAGGUCGUUCUCGCCGCCUGCUCAUGGCAGCGUCCUCACUUGAUCGUUCUUGACGAGCCUACCAACUACCUCGACCGUGACUCUCUCGGUGCCCUUUCCAAGGCCAUCAAGUCCUUCGAGGGUGGUGUCAUCAUCAUCACUCACUCGGCUGAGUUCACCAAGGACUUGACUGAGGAAGUCUGGGCCGUCAUGGACGGUCGCAUGACACCUUCCGGCCACAACUGGGUGCAGGGUCAGGGUUCUGGCCCUCGUUUCAGCGCCAAGGAGGGUGAGGAGGAGGAGAAGUUCGACGCCAUGGGUAAUAAAAUCGCCAGCCAAGAGAAGAAGAAGAAGCUCACGUCGAGCGAGAUGCGCAAGAAGAAGAAGGACCGCAUGGCCCGCCGCAAGCGUGGCGAGGAGGUCUUCUCCGACGAGGACGACUAAGCGUAUCGCCCCCGACAAAAGUAGUCUUUCUUUCCUGGUUGCGAUGUUCACGGAUGCGAUAGAGGGUUGCAUUUCACGGCUUGAGACGCUUAGCCUACGACAGUAAUGUGUGAUGCGUUGCGAGUGGUCAUGGGUCGGCGUCUGGAUAUCCACAAAAUUAUGCAUGGUUUUGUUACGACAGCUACAGCUUGCAGGUUCGUUAUCUGUCAAGAAGAUAGAAAUAGAUCUUGAUAAACAGUUCAAA